AUGGGCCAGCGAGGUCAGGGGCUUUGGCCGGGCGAGUUAGGGCUUGGGGCUAGGGCUUUGGGCCUCAUCACCCCAAACUGGCACACUGCCGAAUCACUGCUGUCACCUCCUCUGAUCCCCGAGGAUGAAGGACCAAGUCGUCGCACUGUGAUAUCUUGGAAGGGACCGCUUGGCCGCUGGAUGGUCGACCCUGAUGGGUGGGCCGCUCACGAAACACGCCGGGCUCGUAAGGUCUGUAUCUAUUCCAUGUGUCUACUCCCACGUUGCCUCUUUGCUGGUUAA